CUCUCUCCCCAGCACGGUAUUUAAAAAGUGUUUCACUCAUGUCCAGCACUUCACAAGGAAGCAAGCUUCAGGCCUUGGGAAAUAAUUCAGGGCAAUCACUGCCUAGAUCUGGUUACUCUUUUCCAGUCGGGACAAUGAAGACUUUUAGAAGAGUUCCCAAAAUAACAAGUCUGCAACAGCCCCAAAGCCACAAACAAACUGUUGUUUAGAGAGGAAAUCUAUUCCCGUAACGUUGGAAAAUUUCCCCUCUUCUGAUUGCAAAGCCUGAGCUGCAACCGGCCCCGAGCACCGAAGUGUGGACGGCGCUGGAGGCGAAUGGAUCCCACCAUCAGCAGCUGCAUGCGCGGUCCCCAGGCUCCAGCCCCACUCUGGGGGUGCCUGCGGAGCACCCGUGCAGACGUCCCCACAGCCGCGGGGCUGAGCCACUACCCGCCGGCACCCUUCUCCUUCCAUCAAAAGUCAGAUUUUGCUGCCUACUCUGAUUUCUCAGCCUCCUGCCUGGUGACGGCUCCGCAGAGCUUCCCGCCCGAGGAGCAGCACCCUUCUUUCCACCACCCCGACUGGCACCAAGCGGCAAGCGAAGCCCGAAGACGGCUGAAUCCAGGACUAGCCUUGGCUUCUGGGGAGUCAGAAGGCGGCAGCCCAAACCUCGUGAGUGCGGCGAUGGGCAUGAAUGAAGAGUAUGAGGCGCCGGUAAGCGCUGCGAUCGAGACAGAGAAAAAGACAUCCAAAAGAAAAAAGGAAAACUCAGAAAACCAGAACUCGAGCAACAAGGCAGAAAGCAGCAGCAAGUCGCGGAAGGAAAGGACGGCUUUCACAAAGGAGCAGCUACGGGAGCUGGAGGCUGAAUUUGCCCACCACAACUACUUGACAAGGCUCAGGAGAUACGAGAUAGCUGUGAACCUGGACCUCACCGAAAGACAAGUCAAAGUAUGGUUUCAAAACAGAAGAAUGAAGUGGAAACGCGUUAAGGGGGGGCAGCCCGUGUCCCCCCACGAACACGACACGGAGGACAUGGACUCCGCUGCCUCCCCCAGCUCUGACUAGCACCUGCAGCAGCGAGAGGAGCACAGGGAGAGGAACUGGACAGAGAGCAGGCACGACACUGCCACGGGUCAGCUACGGCACCGUGCCACGGCCCCGCCUGCAAAACCCGUGGUGCUGAGCCUUCGAAAGGAGUACGAUGCUGUAGCUGGCAGAGGCAAUCAAAGGGCACGGGGGGAAAAAGCCGAAGGAGAGCAGGACUUUGAUUUUCAUCUGAAUGAAUCUAGCUCUCUGGACAUGUCUCGCUGCCACGGGUCUACCUUCAGAAUAAAAGCUAAGAACCACU